CAGCGCCCCCUGUUCUUCCUCCAAGUGUCAUCGUGUGAAAAUGUCGUUAAUUUUGAACGUAAUCGCGUAAAAUCUCGUUUAAAUUGAAUAAAGUGUGUCGUUUUGUGGUUUUUGCGUGCAAAACCACAGUUGUUGUGUGCCUUUGGUGUGAUUUUCUCGGUAAAAAGUGCGUCGGAUUUGUGCGAAAUCCGUUUGGCGCGCUUUGACCAAACAGUCGUUUUAAUGGCCGCAAAAGCAGUCUUUCUCGAUGGACUUGGACGUUGAGGGGCUGUGAUGAGAGUUGGGGACGCAUGUCGUCUUACUGGGCUGUGAUGGCGUGCCCCAAAUCGAAGAGCCGCAAGGCCGAGCUCUCGGAGCCCGACUCCACUACCAAGGAGGCCGACUUCGGGCCCGGCCAAGAUGUGCUACUCAAACAGAAGGACGGCAGGUACUAUCUGGGAACGGUGGUCGAAGUGGAUGGGGCGAGAGAACGAUGUCUUGUUAAAUUCGGAGAUAAUACAGACAGUUGGUCAAGUUUCAAGGAUUUGACCAAAUUGAGUCAACCACAACAGGAGGAUUUGUUGUGUGUCGUUUGCAAGAAAUCCACGCCCAAAAACAACACGGAAAUCACAGUCUGUGAUAAAUGCGGCAGGGGAUACCAUCGCAAGUGUCAUCAGCCCGAAAUUCCCAACGAAUGCCAAAAAGAAGAUUCAGUAUGGAUGUGUAAAAGAUGUACAAGCAGCGAACCACAUAGACUGAAAAAAGCCGAUUCGAAGCAUCUGAAGCGAGAAUCUCGAAAUGCGGCUUCGUCGAGUAGUGAUAGUCGUUUUAUUGCUCCGAUUACAAAAGUAUUACCUUACGAUGUAAAUUCGCUUACAUGGGAUACAUAUCAUCGAGUUAACGCCGAACAUACUUAUUGUUAUUGUGGAGAAAACGGUGAAUGGUACAAACAAAUGUUACAAUGUGCGAGGUGUAAGCAAUGGUUUCAUGAGAGGUGUUUGGAUUGUCUUCAAUAUCCUUUAUAUUGUGGAGACAGGUUUUAUGUGUUUGUUUGUUCGAUUUGUAAUCAUGGAAAAGAGUUUUUGAGACGUUUAGAAAUGAAAUGGGUCGAUCUUGUCCAUUUGAUGCUUUUUAAUCUAACAGCUUACAAUAGCAAAAAAUACUAUGAUUUGGAUACGAUUGUAAUACCUUAUAUCAAUGAUAAUUGGCACGCUUUACAACUACCACCAAAGAUCAUUUCUGUAAGUAAAUCAGAACGUCGUGACAACAUCCUUUCAGUUCUCACAAACAAUCGAAAUCGUUUUAAAUGUGGUCGUGAAAUUAAAAAACGUACUACAAUAUGGGGACUUCGUGUACGUUUACCACCACCAGCUCCAACAGUAACUUUAAAUUUUAUUGGGCGUGUUUCGGAGGAGGAGCUUCGUGAAAUGUGGCAAGGCAAUCGUCGUUUACAAUUUCUAACACCAUCCGAGGGCGUGGUCGUACCAUGUGAUAAUCAUAUGCGUGCUCUUAUGAUGGGUGUGUCUUAUCAACAAAAUGGUAAUCCAUCUGAAACCGAUUCGCCAUGUCCUAGUCCUGAAAGGGAGGAGCCAUUACCACAUUUAUUAGCCGGUUGUGCGAAAAAAACCGUCCCAUUUUCGAAUAUAACCGGUCAAAGGCGUGGCAAACGACGUAAUACGACCAAUGAGGAGUCAGAAGGUGGUUAUUUAACACGUUUGAGUUUAGAUAGUAAAGGUUAUAAGAGUGAAUCACUGCCAUUGACUCCGCCUACUUCAGUUUCGGCACCGCCUACACCACCAGCAUCCGGUUCGAAUUCAUUACUUUCCGAUGAUUUUUCGGAACCGUUGAAAAAAGUCGAUUUAAAUGAUACAUCAGGUGAUGAAACAUCAUCGAAAAGCACACUUGAUUUGAUAAUACCACCACCGAAAGAUUUCGAAGGAAAAAAUAAUCCAUUUUUGACGUUAUUAAGAGGCGGAGAUGAGCCGAAAAAAAGGCGGAGCAAAGAUACUAUUACUUUACCUCUACCUUUAACGGCUGUGAUACCAGGAAAACCAUUAAUGAGACCGAAGAAACGCCAAUUGAGCGAAAAAGAUAUUUUUAUAGGACCCAAUGGUGAAGUUAAGAGGCGGAGAUUAAGGAGGAGCCGAUUUGAGAAAACUGCAAGUAAAACUGCGACGGUUCUGCCGGUCAGAGCUGAUUCGAAAGAGUGGGCGGGACAGAGGGGGGUACAAGGGGAGUACGCUUUCAACGGUCGGAGGUUGAGACAGCGACCGGAGAAACCCCCCGAAAAGGAGAAGGUGGCGCCACCAGCAACUACAAAAUCGAGUCCGGUGAAACAGGAACCGGAAAUCAACAUGGACGACUUGAAAAGUUCGGUGAAUAUUUAUUUCGGUGCAGCGAAUCGUAUCGCAGCAGGCGAGAGGUUUGCGGUGAAGGCGAAAAGAGUCGGUCCUAGCGGAAAACUGGAGUUUUUGAUCGAGUGGGAGGGGCCUGGAAACGGGAUGACUUGAUUGACCAAUCAAAUUGUGUUCAUGUGACCAUUAUGGCAAGAGGCGGUGCUUUGUAAAUAAUAAUAAUAAAAACAAAUUGUAGUUAAAUGUGUUAAUGGUCACAGUUUUUUGGGACAGUUCCUUGCACGCGAAAUAGUUGGACUACAUUACAAAAAAAUAUAAAACUACUGAAAACUUCCGAGUUUGCCAAAGAGGCCGAUAUUCUUUUUUCGCUAAUCAAAUAACUGCCAAUGUUAUGAGUCACUGCCAAUUGUUUUUUUUUUUUCGUGUGUGUGUAUCAUGAGUGUAAUCCAACUAAAGUUGUGAUAUAAAACGAGAAAAAGUUAGGGAAAUUUUUAUUUGGAAUUGUAAUAAAUGGCCUUGACAUUUCUAUACAGGUGCAUUCAGUAAUUAUUAGUUGGGACAUUUAAUUUUGUCACUUUUUUUUUCAUUUUUUCUUUAUUUUUUAAGUAUGUAGUUAAUGAGACUGAAAUUAUUUUUACUAGUUUUUAUUCACACUUUACUUGGCGUUUAUGAAACGUCAUUUUCAGUCAAAAUUUGUAUUUUUAUUAACAAUUAUUGUUAAAUAAAGCAACUUGUAUUAUA